AUGACCCAUAUCGUGGGCACACCGGACAUGUGUCCAGGCAUGUUUCACACUUGUCUCAAGAAUCGGAGACUCCUAUUUAUUCGGCCCGUGUCGUCUAGUUAUUUGCUUGGUAGCGCCCCGUUUGAAUUUUACGGAACGAGCUGGUCGAACACGGAGUCUCGGUCGCAACCUCGCCGCUGGGACUUGGCCAGAGGCUCUUAG